AUGGCUGACUAUUCAACAAGACCAGCCUACUACGAUGAUGUUUCCAAUUCGAACCAACCCCCCGCACGCCAAGCCGUCAAGUUCUUGACGGCUGCCACUAUUGGAGUCACACUCUUGCUCUUGUCGGCGCUCACCCUCACCGGAACUGUUAUAGCCUUGAUCGUGGCAACCCCACUUUUGGUUCUGUUCAGUCAUCUGGUCCCUGCAGGGAUAGCUGUUUUCAUGGCUGCUUCUGGGUUUGUGUUCUCCGGCGGCUGCGGCGUUGCGGCCAUAGCUGCAUUGUCGUGGAUAUAUAACUACGUCACCGGCAAGUACCCGGCGGGUUCUGAUAGGCUUGAUAAUGCCGGCAGGUUGAUUGGGGACAAAGCCAAGGACUUUGCGACUUAUGGGCCGGGAAGGGCUCAGGAGGCCAUUAUGGGGCAUCAAGCUUAUGCGUCCGGUUAA